AUGGCUAAUGACAAAACAGAUGAGCCAGUGUUGUUGAAACUUCUAGUAGACACCGAGACCAACAAAGUUGUAUUUGCUGAGGCAGGAAAAGACUUUGUUGAUGUUCUCUGUAGCUUCUUAACAUUACCAUUAGGAACCAUUGCAAGACUUGUUCAGAAAGACUCAAACAUGGGACCUGUCAAAGUCGGUUGUCUUAACUCACUCUAUCAAAGUGUAGCCGAUCUUAGCACAAGAUAUUUCUUAACAAAGACACAUAAAAAAAUGUUACUGCAACCAAUAAACUCGUCACAAGAUUAUUGCAACUCUCUCAAACUUAACAUUGAUGAUACUCCGCCGUCUACAUACUUCUUAUGUACUAUAGUUGAUGAUGGCUGCUGCGGUAAUGGUUUAUACACUUCCUCUGAUAGUAAUUGUGCAGGUGGGAAUCCUUUGACUCAUUCAGUUUUCCCCAAACAUUUCCACAACGGAUUUGUUACAAGUAGUGCUUCUUUUGUUAUUACUGAUGAUUUGAUCGUCAUGCCAAACUCCAAGCAUGUUACAAGCUUUGGUUUACUCCAAAACUGUGGAAUAAAAACCACAAGUUCCUUAAAGGAAACAACUUUUGAAGUCACUAAGGAAAAGGUGCUGGAUCUUUUGAAGUGCGCUUUGAUUUCCAUGUCACCUUUAACAGAUACGUUUUUGGAAAACGAACCGUCCCUUGAAGAGUCAUCAACGAUUUCGAACUGUGAUGUUGAAGAUAAUGCUAAUAUCCAAAUUAAUGUAAAGCUAGUGAUAAGAAAAUCAGAUGGCAAGGUAUUGUAUGCUCAAGGGGAAGAAGAUUUUGUUGAUUUGCUAUUAACUUUUCUCACAUUUCCUUUGGGAGGAGUUGUAACCAAGAUAGGUGAAAAUUGUUCUUUGGGAAGUAUUGAUAGAUUGUACAGGAGCAUAGUUGAUUUAGAAGAAAACAAGUAUUUUAAGUCUACAAAAGCCAAGAAAAGGCUUGUUGAUCCUCAAGUUGCACCGCAAUUCAAACUAAGCAAUAACUUAUUACCUAUUCAACCAGAUAUGGAGUAUUAUUGUUAUUAUCACGGUAAAAGUUUCAAAGAAAGUAUUAUUGAUAAUCAAUUUUUCAUAAGUGAUGAAUAUAGGAAAGAUGAGAAAAACUGUAAAAAUAUGUUUCUACUAGAUAAUUUUAAAGCAUGGAGAGCAAGUCGAGAAGGUUAUGUGAAGGAAUUGAAAAUGUACGUGGCUACAGAUGACUUGAUCGUCACACAAUCGUCUCCAAUUUCAUCUUUAAAUUUAAUUGACAGUUCGGAAACUUCUCUUGAUGACUUGAAGGAAGAGGUUGUCACCAUUGGCCUUAAGGAGUGUCUUAGCAUAUUGAUGGCUGCAUUGACUUCAACAUCUGCUCUAACAAAUGGUUUAGCUCGCUUGUUAACUGAAGUUAAGGAAGAGAAAUAA